AUGGCUCUCAGAUUGUUUUCCGAUGUGGGAACCGCGGCAAAAUGUGCCUCAUUGUUUCCCAAAACCGCGUCCGCAUGUGAAGCGCUGGCUGCCGAAGCCAAAACCCGUGCGCUUGCAAAACUAAGUGAGAUAUAUUCUUGUAAAGAAGAGGGUCAUACAUUUUCUAAUACGGCAGUUGUGGCUGAUAUUGCAGCUGCAGAAUUGGGUGUAUCAACAAGUUUACUUUCUGUAACCAUGAAUGUUUCACCAGAUCGAGUCACAAGAGAAGAAGCUAAUAAGCAAAUUGUUGAACUUAGAUCAUUUGAAAUUGAUCAUUUUCAAUCGAACAAACCUUUAUUUGAAGCUCUUAAAAGUGUUUCUUUAAGUACCCAAUAUCAGAGCGAAUACCUUAAUGGAACAAAGGAUAAGGAGUAUUCUUACUGGCUUGAAGAGGAACUGAAAGAAUAUAGACGAAAAGGAAUGGAGUUGCCUGAUGAAAAAUUUAAGGAAGUUGUGGCUUUGCAAAAAGAAUUAACAGCGUUAUGCACAACAUUUUCUCGAAAUAUCAGUGAAGAUAAAACUGAAAUUUUGGUUACAGCUGAUGCUCUAAAAGGUGUUCCGGAAGGUAUCAUCAAUAACCUCAAAAAAACUGAUGAUGGAAAAUAUAUUUUAAAGUUGGAUUACCCAACAUAUUUUGGUGUAAUGAAGAACUGUGAAAUUGCAUCGACUCGUCAGGCUAUGGCUCGAGCAGCAAGUAAUAAGGCAUAUCCUGAGAAUGAACAAAUCCUAAAGGAGAUGAUAAUAAAGCGACAAAAGCUAGCCGAACUUCUCGGUUUUACGUCUUAUAGUUAUCUUAACUUGGAUAAUAAGAUGGCAAAAUCUCCUGAAAUUGCGCGAAAAUUUGUCGAUGAUCUUAUUCCUCGUCUUCAACACAAAUGGAAAUCUGAGUUAGAGCUUAUAAAAAAACAUUUACAUGAAAGUUGCAUUCUUACUGAAAAUGGUUUGUUGCGGGAAUAUGAUGUCGCAUUUAUGAUUAAUCAAAUAAAAAAGAACCAGCUAAAUGUAAGUGAAACAGAGAUUCAGGAAUACUUUCCUCUUGAUGUUACUGUGAAAGGAUUAUUUGAUAUUUAUCAGGCAUUUUUUGAUAUUACGUUUACUCGUAUAGAUAAUGGCUCAGAACUUUGGGAUGAAAAUGCUUUUACCCUUCAUGUUAAAGAUAAUGUAACAGGAAAGACGUUGGGACAUAUAAUACUGGAUCUCUUUCCCAGAGAAGGAAAAUACUCGCAUGCUUGCUGUCAUUCAGUGGUUCCACCUGUUCUUUUACAAGGAUCUGAAAAUGAAUUUUCACCAGCGUUAGCAGUAGUUAUUGCAAACUUUCCAAAACCAUCAGGAGAUCGUCCAUCAUUAUUUCUUCAUGAUGAUGUAACUACAUUUUUUCACGAAUUUGGUCAUGCUAUUCAUGGACUUAUGGGACGAAGUCGUAUGGCUUCUUUUGCUGGGACGAAUGUCAAAUGGGAUUUUGUUGAGUUACCCUCACAAAUGCUAGAGGAAUGGGUUUGGGAACCAGAAAUUCUUCAGAAAAUAUCUUCCCAUUAUAAAACACAUAAAAAAUUACCAAGUGAACUUGUUGAGGCAAAAGUUAAAUCUCGAAAUGCAUUCAGUGGUCGGGAUUCGUUGCGACAAUUGGAAUUUGCUACUUACUCACUGGAAAUUUUUGAUGCUCCGUUUGCAAAAGGGAAUGAUGAAAAUAAAUUGAACACCACCUCACUCAUGAAUAGUGUACGUUUGCGUAUUAAUCCUGAAAUUAAAUACGAAAGUGACAAUCACUUUGAAUGUGGUUUUGGACACCUAACUGGUUAUGGUGCCGGCUAUUAUGGUUAUAUGUGGUCUAAAGUUUUUGCACUUGACGUGUAUGAGUACAUUAAGAGUCAUGACGGUCUUUUGAGUCCUGUCCUCGGAAGGCGUUACGUAUCUGAUAUUAUCGGUGUGGGAGGUGGUCAAGAUCCCAGUGAUAUGUUGCGAAAGUUUUUGGGGAGGGAACCUAACAGUGAUGCUUUCUUAAAAAAUCUUGGGGUGUAG